ACGAUUAUUAUUCUUUUUAUUACAGGAAAAUAGUAGUACAAAUGACGAAAAGAUUCCAAUUGAAGCAACAACACAUACUGAAGGUAUUAAAUUAGGGUGGAUUCAAGGGGUUAUGAUACCAUGUCUUCUCAACAUUUGGGGUGUAAUGCUUUUCCUACGCCUGGCGUGGAUUGUUGCUCAAGCUGGAAUAGGUGAAUCGUUACUUACAAUUGCAAUUUCAACGGCUGUUUGUAUUAUAACAACGUUAUCCUUGUCAGCAAUUUGUACAAAUGGGGAAGUAAAAGGGGGUGGAAUUUAUUUCAUAAUAUCGCGUUCCCUUGGUCCGGAAUUCGGUGCUUCAGUGGGGAUAGUGUUUGCGUUCGCAAAUGCGGUAUCGGCAUCGAUGAACACCAUCGGGUUCUGUAACUCGCUGAACGAUCUGCUGAAAGAGCACGAUCUUAAGAUUAUCGAUGGUGGAAACAACGACGUCCGUAUCGUAGGGGUGAUAGCGAUUGCGGUCAUGAUUCUCAUUUGUGCCAUCGGUAUGGAAUGGGAGUCGAAAGCCCAAAACUUUCUCAUCGCCAUCAUCCUUGGCGCUAUGGCCGAUUUUAUGAUUGGAGCGAUAAUGGGACCAAAAAGUGACGACGAAGCUGCGAAAGGAUUCACGGGAUUUACAGUUAGUACCUUCUCUGAAAACUGGUAUUCCGCUUAUAGGACGCAGGACGGUAUCACGUACGAUUUUUUUCAAGUCUUCGCAAUCUUUUUUCCUUCAGUAACAGGAAUUCAAGCAGGUGCCAACAUUUCUGGUGACUUAAAGGAUCCUGCUUCAUCAAUACCCAAAGGAACUAUGCUGGCACUAUUGAUAUCAAUGGCGUCUUAUGUUACAUUCGUUCUGUUUGCCGGCGCUGCAGCUAUUCGCGAUGCAAGUGGCAAUUUGACCGAUUUAGCCAACGGUACAUUGACCAACUGUGUUGAAGAUUUGAGCUGUCAAUAUGGACUUUUCAAUAGUUAUACGGUAAGCAGCAAUU